AUGGGCGAACCGCGAAGUAGACCCGACGUCAAAGAAAUCAAGGACUUGUUUGACCACCUGUUUCACUCGGGGAGCAACAUCGGCAGACUGAAAGAUGCGGCACUCGCGGGGCGACUGUUUCAGGGUGUCGAAGGUGCUACGGGAGUCGCGGGUCGGAGCAUGGCCUGGAAGCUUUUUCUUAUAGCGGGGGAACCGUUACAAGACGUCGCAGACGUGGAGGCCGCGCCGCCAUGGAAGACUCUCUGUAGGGCGCGAGAGGACUACAGGAGGUUGCUCAUGGAGAAGAUGCGUGCACCUGAUGGCGGUUAUGAGGAGGGCUUUACUGUGCCGGGCACAGGCGAGUUACCUCCAAGGACAGAGAAGGGUGGUGGAAACUUGGAAAAGAACAAUCCGUUGAGUCUGCACGAUGAGAAUCCAUGGAGGGAGUGGUUCGCUUCGGUCGAGCUACGGAAGACCAUAUUGCAAGAUGUAGAACGAACAUUCCCAGACAUAGCGUACUUCCGCGAUGCAGAGGUUCAGGCCGAGCUCACCCACAUCCUCUAUCUCUACUCCGACAUGCACCCAGAUAUCGGCUACCGACAAGGGAUGCACGAGCUCCUUGCGCCCCUCUACUACGCCGUCGACUUCGACUCAAUACCUGACGACGGCGAUACCGAUCCCACGCUCAAGGAGUUCUGCUCUCGUGCAUGGGUUGCCGCAGACGCAUGGGCUCUCUUCUCAGCGGUCAUGAAGGGCACUGGGAGGUGGUACGAGUGGCAGGAGAGCAAAUCUGCUGUGGCGACGGCGGAGCCAACUCCUCUUCCUUCCCAUGUCCAGGUGAACGUCGCUACGCGAGACAUUCAGAUGAAGCCGUAUAUCGCCCCGAUCGUCGAAGCUGCGAAUCUUGUACAGUCGGUGUUUCUCAAGGGUGUCGACCCGGAGCUGUGGAAGGCCAUGCAGAGCGCCGGGAUAGAGCCUCAGAUAUACGGAAUUCGUUGGCUGCGUCUCCUCUUUACACGCGAAUUGGCCCUGGAAGAUGCUAUGGUUCUAUGGGAUGGCUUGUUUGCUGUCGACCCUUCAUUCGACUUGGCAUUAUGGAUAUGCGUAGCAAUGCUUGUGCGCAUCCGUAACAAACUGAUCCCUGCCGACUACAGUACCCAACUUACAUACCUUCUCCGAUACCCAGCUGACUCGCCGGCUGCUGGCGGUAGCGCCGAACCCACUCCCAUCCAUCAUGCAACUCUGCUCAUCCGCCAGGCUCUCACACUGCAGAUGUCACCUACUCCAACAAUCGGUGUUUCUGUGAUACAGGAGAACAGAAACCUGUUGGGUAUCCCCACAGAGGUCCCAUCACCAGUAUCACCGCCUGUGCACCGACGUCCACGACAAGGAGAACGGGGGCGCUCGUUCACGAAUGCGAACGGGAGCAGGUCGCUCGGACAGGAGGCUGGCAACAGCAAGGGCGCACAUGGACGGCAGGCGUCGAGUCCGAUGGGUAUCCCAGAGACGUUUGCGCGGGGCUUGCUGGAGCGAGGUGAGAGCCUGGGUAUCAACAAGACUGUCAUGGAGGCUGUCUCUGGGCUGAGGAAGAACCUGCCAGACCUUGCCACUGCGCUCGGACGAUUGCCAUUGUCCCCACAGCCUGCGAAUGCGAUGUACCCCAUGGCCCCCGAACGUCCCGAUGAGGAACGUCCGCCCUGGGAGCCCCGGACCCGAAGCGAGAUGGAGCGAGAAGUUGCGCAGGUUCGCGCGUUGCAGAGGAAGCUUGGAGAUACUGUCAGUUGGAUCGUGGACACACUGCUGCUGGACGAAGGCGAUGUGAAUGACGAUGUUGGGAGGAAGACGGUGCAGAAACGCAAGCGAGAAGCGCUCGAGAGCCUCGCGUACGUCCGGGACAUCCUCAAGGGUACCGUCCACGACAUAGAGGAAGAGCGCCUGCUAGGCGAAGAAGAAGCGAAGCGAAGAAGGGAGAAGGCACGGCGAGAGAAGGAGGCAGCCGAGGCGUUGAGCAGGAGAACUUCCACACCACACCCACCAAUACCCGCUGCUUCCAUCCCGAUUGAGACACGUCCGCAGGGUACUGGAACCCGCCGAUCGCAGGACUACUUCAUGCCCCAUGCCACGAGUUCGUCGAGCCCACCCACGAAACCCGCGCCUUCGUUCUCCCUCCCGACGUCUUCGCCGUCUACUAAGACGCCCACGUCGACUGGCGUCUCACCGUUCAGUGCUCCAUGGAAUUAUACCAAGUCGGACUUUGCGAGCUCGGACUCGCCAAUCGCGAACCUUCCCCGCGUGCCCCCGCGGAUGUCGACUACGCUUCCGAGGGCAAGUGUUUUCGGGCAGGCGUUGAGAAACUACCCGCAACCGCCUGCAUCGUUGUUUGAGAGCACCUCCAAUGCAGUUGCAGUUUCGCGCGAUCAAAAGCCGAAGCAGGCGCCUUAUGACCCGCUGGGUGCUAUACCGUAG